AUGAGAACGGAUGAGAAUUUACUCAGAUUAUAUCCCAAUAAAUCGCAAAAAUGGAGAAGCACAAGAAAACGGAGAAAAGCCCAUACUGUGACAAACUCAACCAAAAUGCCAGGGACCGUUAUGUUGAAAAAUUGGCAUCGAUUAAAGACACAGAUCCAUGCAAGCUGACUGCAGUAAGUUGGAGUGCUGACCCCGCGUUGCUACCUAUAUCCUCAUACCUGGAUAUAGUGAACUAUCUUGUUUAUGGUAUAAGUGCGUAUACCAGUGAACAGUUUAAAAACUAUAAAUCCCUUGAAGCACACGGACAUUUCAGCAAUGGCUGGGUACAGGAUUUACACACAUUCCGACCAAAGGACAGUGACAACACAGUAGUAACGACUAAGUACCAUCGUGGCCGAUGUGGCAACACUUGGCACCGUGAACGCCAGAGGGUCUUCGGGAUGCUGGAGGUUGAUGGUCCUUCCAGAAGACCCAUUCUGAGACUCGUCAGGGACCGCUCAAGGCAAACCCUUACAGGCCACAUCCGACGACACAUCAGGCCCAGAACACCCAUCCUCACAGAUGAAUGGCGUGCCUAUAAGGGGCAGCUUUCCCAGUACGGAUAUAGCCAAUAUUCUGUCUGCCAUAAAAGGAACUUUGUUGACCCUGACACAGGUGCUCACACUCAGCAUAUUGAGCGUGCAUGGCAGAAAUACAAACUGGAAAUAUGGCGUCAUAGAGGUAGUCGCACUCCAGAGUCACUGAAGAUUCACCUUAAAAUGAUAGAGUGGCACCACUGGCAGGAGGACUGA